AUGUCAAGUCAACAUACAAACAGACCUGCCAUCUUGAGUGAAUUGGCUCCGGUAUUCACUUCAUUACACGAUGCAAAAGUACAAAAACAACUUUCAUUCGAAGAUAUUUCAAAAAAGAUUAAUAGAAGUGAAUGGUAUACAGCUGCAAUCUUUUACGGUCAAGCAAAACCAGAAAAAAAAGAUUUGAAAGCACUCAGUGAAGCAUUAGAAGUACCUUUUGAGGAAUUAAAUGCCGUCAUGGGCUCUCACUUUUAUCCUACAAGAGGUUUAGGUCAAUUCCCUCCUCAAGAUCCUACCAUCUACCGCUUAUACGAAUGCUUGGUCGUCUACGGUCACCCACUCAAAGCAAUGAUCCACGAGAAAUUCGGAGAUGGUAUCAUGAGCUUGAUCGACUUCUAUGGUGACAUGGAGCGCGUCAAAGACCCAGCUGGAGAUCGUGUCAAGAUCACUCUCAACGGUAAAUUCUUGCCAUACAAGAGAUGGUAA